AUGUCGCACAUCCCAGACAAAAGAAAACCCUCCUCCUCAAUACCAGGAGGCACACCCUACAAACGAUCACGAGUCUCCUACGCCGACGAUGACAACGAAGACAACGCCCAAGCCUCGCAGCCACCCGCCGCCAUGACCCACGAACGCCCGCGUAACAACCCUCUCUACGGACAAAAGAGCGCGUUUCCGGGUCUUGAUGCUGGCUUAGAAGGGGAGCUGUUUUAUGGGCCUGCGGACGAUGGGCUGGAGUAUUUGAGGAUGGUCCGGUCCGAAGCAAAUUCGCUACCGUUGCUGUUUACCGCGCCGAAGACUCAGACGACAGAAACAGAGACGAUCCAAGUCGAGCAAACCACAACCGAAGAACCCGUCCAGGACAAACGCGAAGAACCUACACAUCCCAAAGACCAAGAAGGAACCUACGUCGACGGCGUCUUCGUCAGGCGCACCACACCCGCAGCACCCUCAACCUCCCCAAACACAACCACAGCAUACCCCGAAGCCCAACAAUCCUACUACACCCUCCUCCACCACCGCUUCCUCCUCCUCCGCUCGAUCCUAAAAUGCACACCCCCACCAACCUCCAUCCCCCUCCUCGACGACUCUCACCCGAUCUCCCUCCCGCGCCACUCCAAACUCGCGCGCAAAGAAUGGCGCCGCCUACUCCUCUCCGUCGACCCGCAGACCGUCCAGCUAGCGUGCAUGGAUAUAGAAAGUGUGCUCGGUGUGCUGGGGAUCAUGGCGAGGCUUAUGUCGGAAAAUGUGAGGAGUGGGGAUGUUGUGAGGGUACGGAGGAUUGGGGCGUGGGCUUGGGGGUUGCUGGGGAAAUGUAGGGAGGUUGGGCAGUUGGGGACGGAGGAGGUUGGGGAGAUUAGGGAUUUGGGAAAGAGGGCUGUGAAGAUUUUGGGGAAGAUGAGGGAGGAUGAGCGUGCGGUGGAAAUGGAGGAUCAGGAGUCGGUUGAUGGAGACCAGGAUGAGGAGGAUGGGGAGGAUGGGGAACAAGCUGAAGAGCAUGUUGAGGAAGCAGGAACAGGCGACAUUGGUGAACAGGCUGCGUCUGCUGAAAGCGAAGCGCAAGAUCACGACAUGAAAGACGCCGAAGCGGAGAAUACAACCGACGAACUAGAAGCAGCCAAGGCACGACUCCAAGCGAAAAUCCAGGGACAUGUGGACGAGAACAGUCAGGUGCAGGCACAUUCCGACACAGAAGAGAGCGCUGGCGACGUGGCCAUGCAGACUCGAGCUAUGCUGGAUAUGAUCAUCACGGUGGUAGGCGAGUAUUACGGGCAGAGAGAUCUGUUGGAGGCCAGGGAAAUAUGGCAGAUUAAGAAUAACAUCGACAAGAUAACACAGAACAUGCCCACCCCCGAAAUUUCCAUCCCAACCACUUCCCUCUCCCCAACAUCCCCCCCCUACACCCUGUACAACAUCACCAUCCGCCUCCCCCUCCGCUCCUUCACCCUCUCCAAACGCUACUCCGACUUCUCCUCCUUCCACACAGCACUUACCUCCCAAACAAAAUCCCCCCCUCCAUCCCCCCUCCCCCCGAAAUCCUGGUUCGCAAACACCGUCUCCAACGCUUCCCUUCGCGAACAACGCCGCUCAGGUCUCGAGUCUUACCUCCGCGCUAUAAACAAUGACGCGGAUCCCCAGUGGCGCAAUUCUAGCGCCUGGCGCACGUUCUUGAAUCUGCCUAACACCGCGUCUGGUGCGGCGGGUGCUAAAGACAACGGUUCACAUACGACUGCACGACUCCAUACGGCGAUUACAGAUCCGGCUGCUGCAUCGGGGCCCGGUAGUGGCGGGAAAGCAAUUACCGAUCCAACGCUGUGGCUGGAUUGUUUCAGGGAUAUGAAGGCGCAUUUACACGAUGCGCGACUCCAACUCACGCGGCGGGACCAGGAGACCACGCCGCAGAAGCAGCAUGAGAGUUCAGCGAUGGCAAAGAGUGCGCUUGUACGUGCGGGAUCCCUAAUCUCUGUGUUGGAAGAAGGAUUGAAGAAUCUGGGUGAUAUUUCGUCAUCGUCGAAGGGGAAGAAUGGGAAUGGUGGUGAUAGUCGGAGUCAGAGUCGGGAACGAAGCGGGAAUGGAUGGGGUGAUGGGGUUGUUCUUGGGGAUGGGGAGCUGCGGCGACGGAAGGAUCUUCUUGUGAAUGCGCGGAAGGAGAAGGAUGGGUUGGAGGAUUUGUUGAAUGCGAUGGCUGCGAAGGGGAGGAUUGAUAAUGCUGUUGCGUCGCUUGAGGAUAAAGAGGCGCUUGUUGGGAAUGCGGGUGCUCGCAAACCAGCGCGUUCUGGGAGGGUUCUUGGGAAGGAGACGGAGAGGACGCGCGAGUUGGAUAACCAGGGUGUGCUGCAGUUGCAGAGGGAGACUAUGCAGGAUCAGGAUUUGGGGUUGGAGGAGUUGAGGAAGAUUGUGGCGAGGCAGAAGGAGCUGGGGAUAUCGAUUAAUGGGGAGUUGCAGGUUCAGAAUGAUCUGCUGAAGUUGGCGGAUGAGGAUGCUGAUCGGUUACAAGGCAAACUCGAUAUUUCCAAGAAGAGGCUGGGGAAGAUCUCUUAG